CCACUGUCCAACAUGAAGCUUCUCCUGCUUUUGGCACUGUUUGGCUGCCUGGGUGAAAAUUUCUUUUGCACAGGCUUUUUUUUUUCCAGCCAAACAAACUCUGCACAAACCGUCAAUUUUUUUUUCAAAAUGUUAUCAUCAUUUACAGCAACUGGGUUUGCGGCACACCACACUAAUGUGAGAUGGUGCAUGAAGUCGGUCCAAGAGCAGGCAAAAUGUUUGGACCUUGCAGCUGCAGCCCCUGUUUUCUCCUGUGUGACCAAGCAAAAUUCUCUUGAAUGCAUCCAGGCAAUUGCGGAUGAUGAAGCAGACGCCAUCACUUUGGAUGGAGGGGAUGUCUAUGUAGCUGGACUGGAAAACUUCAACCUGCAGCCCAUUAUUGCUGAGGACUAUGGCCAAGAUUCAGACACCUGUUACUAUGCUGUUGCUGUGGUCAAGAAGGACAGUGGAUUCAACAUCACUGAGCUGAAGGGGAAGAGAUCCUGCCACACCGGGUUGGGGAAAUCUGCAGGUUGGAACAUUCCCAUCGGGACUCUGGUGUCUAUGGGUCAAAUUCAGUGGACAGGCACUGAAGACAGACCUGUGGAGGAAGUGGUGAGUGAAUUCUUCAGUGCCAGCUGUGUCCCAGGAGCAACACGGGGUUCCAAUUUGUGUGCGCAGUGCAAGGGGGACUGCACAAAAUCCCACUCGGAGCCUUACUAUGAUUACUCAGGAGCCUUCCAGUGUCUGGUGGAGGAUGCUGGGGAUGUGGCUUUUGUCAAACAUGUCACCGUACCUGACUCAGUAAAGGCCAACUAUGAACUGCUGUGCAAGGAUGGCACCAGAAAACCUGUUGACGAAUACAAGAGCUGCCACCUGGCCAGGGUACGAGCCCAUGCUGUGGUCAGCCGCAAGGACACAGAGUUGGCUGAUUUCAUCUACAAAAGCCUCACCACUGAGUUGAGCUUUGACCUCUUCUCCUCUGACAACUAUGCCCCAGCUAAAAACCUGAUGUUCAAGGACUCAACAGUACAGCUGGUGCGGCUUCCCUCGACUAUAGACUCUUUCCUGUAUUUGGGUGCUGAAUACCUGAGCAUCAUCCGUUCUCUGACGACAGGCACAACAGCAGGCGCCAUUAAAUGGUGUGCUGUGGGUAAGGCUGAGACAACUAAGUGUGCUGCAUGGAGCAUCAAAAGCAUUGUUGAAGACGAGAAAACCAAGAUUGAAUGCGAGAGUGCCGCCACAGUGGAAGAAUGUGUGAAAAAAGAUUAUGGUAAAGCACGUUCAGAGGCUGAUGCAAUGGCAGUGGACGGAGGACAGGUGUAUACAGCUGGGAAGUGCGGUCUGAUCCCUGCCAUGGUGGAGCAGUAUAAUGAAGCAUUGUGCAGCACUGAUGGAAGUGCUUCCUCUUACUAUGCUGUUGCGGUGGUGAAGAAGAGUUCUAACGUGACCUGGGCUACCCUGCGGGGCAAGAGGUCUUGUCACACUGGCAUUGGCAAAACCGCUGGAUGGAACAUCCCCAUGGGCCAAAUCCACAAGAGGACUGGAAGUUGCAAAUUCAAUGAGUUCUUCCCUCAAGGCUGUGCCCCCGGAGCAGACCCUGACUCUUCAUUUUGUUCUCAGUGCGUUGGCAGUAACAGAGAUGUGGAAGAUGGAGCCGAAUGCAGAGCAAACAGUGACGAGCUCUACUAUGGCUAUGCUGGGGCCUUUAGAUGUCUCGUGGAUGAAUCUGGAGAUGUUGCCUUCAUCAAACACACAACUGUUCCAGAAAACAGUGAUGGCGCAGGUCCAGAUUGGGCUAAGAACUUGCGUUCCACAGACUAUGAGCUGAUCUGUCCUGAUGGCCCUAAUGCUCCAAUCACCGCAUAUGAAACAUGUCACUUAGCCCUAGUGCCUGCACAUGCAGUGAUAACACGUCCAGAGUUACGUAAUGAGGUGGUGACGAUACUCCAGGACCAGCAGACCAGGUUUGGGAACCAAGGCACUGAUGCUUCAUUCAGGAUGUUCCAGUCUGACGAAGGAAAGAACCUCCUCUUCAAAGACUCCACUAAGUGCCUCCAGGAAGUACCAAGUGGAACAACCUAUGACCAGUUCCUGGGACCUGACUACAUGACUGCGAUGAACACCAUCAGGAAUUGUACCGAAACUGUGUCAGAUCUGGAGAAAUCCUGCACUUUCCAUUCCUGCCAGCAAUGAUUUGGGAAGACUUCUGAAUUUACAGCGCUUCAGUCAACCCACAAUGAUUCAUAUAACCUUCCUGAACUGGACCCAAUAACGACAUGUGUAUUUUGCUUCUGAUUAUUUUCAAGCAAUACAAAAACAAACAAACAAAAAAAAAAACUGUCUAUAAAAUACAUAGCCAUUACUUGCAUCCUUUUUAUUCACAGUGCUCAACAAAAAAAAAUUUACAAAUGAACUCUUAAGUGACAAAUCAUGCUGAUAUGUAACUUCCUCAUAUAUCAAUGCUUACCUUGACUUUUCUCAAAUAAAGCACGCCCUUUUUCAUGUUC